AUGUUUCCUGUUGCCCAGACGAGGCUCCUACACAUUGUUCUUACGACAAGUCUGGUUUCUUUUCCAGAUGUUGGUCUGCCUCCUUCCCUUGAAGUCAUAAGGAUUGAGAAGUGUGAUUCGUUGCUGUAUUUUGCAAAAUACCAGAUUCCCCCAAAUCUAAGAAGAAUAGAGAUUGAAGAGUGUAAAAGUUUGAAAUCAUUAGUAGAGAAAGAGGAGGAUAGUUCUUCGUCUUCCUCUUCUUCUCCUAUUUCUCUUGAGCACUUGGAAAUACGGGGAUGUGAAUCUCUAACGUCGUUAUCAUUGAGAGCCCAGUUGUUUCCCAGGGCGCUUAAAAGCCUUGACAUAUGGGGUUGUAAAGAGCUGCAGUUACUAACGUCCGAUGGGUUAGCCCACGACAACACUAAUUAUUGUCUUGAAUAUAUUAAGAUCUGGUCUUGCCCAAAUCUGAAAUCCUUACCGGAGGGCCUAUGCCACCUCACCAAUCUUCAAACCUUAAAUAUUGAUGAUUGUGGGAGUUUGGUUUCCAUCCCGAGCCUGAGUGGUGAGGGUUUGCCUUCGCCAACAACAACAGCCGCCUCCAGCCUGAGAGAAAUCUGCAUCAGAAAUUGCAACAAAUUGGAGAUGUUACCGGACAUGCGCAAUCUCAACUGUCUUCAGGAAUUGAAUAUUGAUUACGGUGAAGGUUUAAAUUUCACUUCCUUUCCCCCCAACCUAACAUCACUUACAAUCUGCGGAAUCAAGAAUUGUAAGCCGAUGUGGGAGUUGUCGCACAGGCUCGCCUCUCUUACAAGCUUGUCCAUCAGUGGUGAAGACCCAUAUGUGGUGUCGUUUCCACCCGACAGUUACAGGGAGAUGGAGAUGGAGAUGCUGCUCCCCAAAUCUCUCACUUAUCUCUCAAUUUGGGGCUUCCCAAAUCUGAAGAAACUGAGCAGCAAGGGCUUUCAAUCCCUCACCUCUCUUCGAAGUCUUGAGCAGGGGUUGCCUAUUUCACUGAGGGAACUUCGUAUCAUUCGGUGUCCUCUGCUAAAAGAUAAAUGCCAGCCUGGAAGUAAAGGACGAUACCUGCCCAAAAUAUCCCACAUCCCUCGCAUAUAUAUAAUUGAUUAG